UGUUCGCGGGUCCCCAGGGAGCUGCGCGUCUGGUCCCCGCGCGGUUUCACCUUCCCGCGGGCGGCUCAAGUUCCCGGAUCCGCUUACGCCCGGCUCGGCUGUCGCCGGCCCGGGGCGGGAGGCGCAGGACGCGGCGGACCCCGCGCGCCAUGGACAGCGCUGCGCCCCGCGAGCCCGGGGCCACCGAGCCCCCCGCCCGCGCGCGCCCGCGCCUGGUGUUCCGCACGCAGCUGGCGCACGGCAGCCCCACGGGCAGGAUCGAGGGCUUCACCAACGUCCGCGAGCUCUAUGCCAAGAUCGCCGAGGCCUUCGGCAUUGCGCCCACAGAGAUCCUGUUCUGUACCCUCAAUAGUCACAAAGUGGACAUGCAGAAGUUGCUUGGGGGGCAGAUCGGACUGGAAGACUUCAUCUUUGCACACGUGCGUGGAGAGACCAAAGAGGUGGAGGUCACCAAAACAGAGGAUGCUCUAGGACUGACCAUCACGGACAACGGGGCCGGAUACGCCUUCAUCAAGAGAAUCAAGGAAGGCAGCAUCAUCAACAGGAUCGAGGCAGUGUGCGUGGGAGACAGCAUCGAGGCCAUCAACGACCACUCCAUUGUGGGCUGCCGGCACUACGAGGUGGCCAAAAUGCUGCGGGAGCUGCCCAAGUCCCAGCCCUUCACCCUGCGCCUGGUGCAGCCCCGAAGAGCCUUCGACAUGAUUGGCCAGAGAAAUAGAAGCAGCAAGUGUCCCGUGGAAGCCAAAGUGAGCAGCGGGAGAGAGACACUGCGCCUGCGCUCUGGGGGCGCUGCUACCGUGGAGGAAGCGCCCAACGACUUGGAGGUGGCGGCGGCGCGCAGGGUGGACGACCUGCUGGAGAGCUACAUGGGCAUCCGGGACCCCGAGCUGGCAGCUGCAGUGGUGGAGACUGCCCGGAGCGCAGAGGGAGCCCAGGCCUUCGCGCGCGGCCUGGACGCCAUUCUGGGCGAGUUCGCCUUCCCGGACGAGUUCGUGGUAGAGGUGUGGGCAGCCAUCGGCGAGGCCCAGGACGCCUGUGGCUAGCAUGUGCGGGGAUCCGAAGCCCUGGGCCCAGCCCCCUGCCGCAACGCCGCUCCAGGACCCAGGACAGCCCUGAAACCCGGGCUGGUUCUAGAACCCGGCCCAGUUCUGGAACCCAGGCCCACCCCAAGACCCAACCUGGCUCUCGAACCAAACCCAGUUCUGUAACCCAGGUCAGGCCUGGGGC